AUGCAGUUCACAGACAAGUUGAAGGCUUUGACGAUUCCAUUAAGGAAUUGGCAUAAGGCUAUUUUUGGGGAUAUGGACAAGAAGAUUACGAAGUUUGAGGAAGAAAUUAAGAAGAAUGAUGACCUGGUAAGUAAUGGGGUGUAUGAUGGAACGAUGGAGGCUAGAAGGAAGGCCCUGGUUACCUACUGUGAGAGGUGGUAUGUCAGAAAGAAAAUCUAUUGGAAACAGCUGUCUCGGUCUCAGCAAGCAAAUGAGAUGGACAAAAAUACAAGAUACUUUCACAACAUAGCUUCAGCAAGAAGGAGGAAUAAUAGGAUUGACACACUUUCAAUCAAUGGCAGGCUGGUCAGGAAUCAAGCCAGAAUAAAACUUGCUAUCAAGGAAUACUACAAUGAUUUAUAUCAUCGGGAUAAUUCUCAUAUGAUGGCCUUUAGAGAUGGUCUGGUGAGUAGGAUAGAGCAGGAAGACUCUGUAAAUUUAGAGGCGUUGCCGACAGCUGAGGAGAUUAGGAAAGCUGUGUGGGAUUGUGAGUCUUCUAAGGCACCAGGUUAUGAUGGGUACAACAUGAAUUUUAUUAAGAGGUGUUGGGGUGAGAUUGGAUCAGAAUUCACGGCUGCAGUGAUGGGAUUCUUUCAGUCGUCAAGGCUGCCGUCAGAUUGCAACAUCACUUGGGUGGCGUUGGCACCUAAGUUCAUUAGGGUAAGAGAGAUUAAAGAUCUGCAUCCUAUCAGUAUGUUUGGUUGCAUUUACAAGGUUAUCUCUAAGGUUUUGGUUAGGAGGAUGCGAUUAGUGAUGCCAGUAUUAGUGGGAGAAACUCAGAGUGCAUUUGUAAAGGGCCGAAAACUACAUGAUAGAGCACUCAUCGAAUGUGAAACGGUAAACUGGCUUAAAGUGAGAAAAAAGGAGGCAGCAAUAAUCAAGCUUGAUUUUCAAAAAGCAUAUGAUAGAGUCAAGUGGAGCUUUGUAGAGAUUGUCUUACAAAAGAUGGGGUUUGGCCAGAGAUGGAUGAUGAGCGGAUAA